AAACAGAAAGCAAACUGUCCACACCCUUUCUACUGCCUUGCUCACAUGCGGUAAACACUUGGGAUGUGUAGAUAAGCGUGGUGCACUAAGAACUUAUAAUUGCUUUUAGGAACAUCAUUCUGAGUGGUCAUUCAGCUGCAACUGAGAUGAGCAGACAUAUGCAUUUAAAAAUUGCACUAGUAAUCAUUUACAUACUUGUGCACUUGCACUGGAGCUGCACUGAAGAUAUAUGUAAAAAGGGUGAAGAAUGCAAAAAUCAAGACGUGUAUGACAAAACCGUGACAGCAAUCCCUGAAAAACUAAAAGAUGGAGCUGAUGAAAUAUUUUUUGUAAACAGUAAGAUUCCUGUUAUACCAAAAGGAGUUCUUUCUAAAAACCCUCAAAUAAAGAAAAUCGAAUUUCUUGGUACUUCAACACACUCUGUAGAGGCUGGAGCCUUUGAGGGUUUGCCUGAUAUCACGACCAUUGAGAUAUCUGGCACAGAUGUGACAUCAUUACCUGUGGGUGUUUUUAAGGAUCUCAAUAACCUUCAAAAACUUGUUUUAAAAAGUAACAAAAUACAUAGCCUUGAAAACGGGUUAUUUGAUGAUUUAAAAAACCUUCAGGAACUAUAUUUACAUAUGAAUGAGAUCAGUUCCAUUGAGGAAGGGACAUUUGACAAUUUAGAGAAUCUCUUGAGUCUUCAUCUUGCAAAAAACAGCCUACGUUCCGUAUCGACAUCUCUUUUUUCCAAUCUUAAGAGCUUGAAAUUGUUCAGGCUUUAUGAGAACCAGUUGACUGCUCUACCUGAUGGGAUUUUUGAUAAUCUCCCUGUUUUGGAAGAGAUAGCCUUGCAAGGCAACAAAAUCUCCUUUUUACAACCAAAUUUAUUUCCACAUAAAAGUAAAUUGAAAAAACUCUAUUUAGACAAUAAUCUUUUAACAGAACUGCAGCCGGAUCUAUUUGUUGGUUUCCCUUCAUUAAAGAUUCUUACUCUGCACAACAAUCAACUCACCAGUCUUCCCAAUGUCCUUUUUGGAGAAAUGGGUAGCAUAGCUGAAUUAAGUCUAAGCCAUAACAAUCUCACUCACUUACCAACUGGAGUUUUCAGUCCACUUAAGAAGCUAAAGAAGUUAGACCUUUCCUCAAACCAGUUUUCAAUUAUAUCUGCAGACUUUUUUGAAGGUCUUGAGAAAUUGACUGAUCUGAAUCUUAUAGAUAGCAAUAUAGAGUCAUUAAAACAAGAGGACUUUAAAGAACUAAAGUCUCUUUCAACACUCAGACUGGGAAAUAAUAAACUACAAAGCCUCCCUGGCGAUGUUUUUGACACUCUUCCAAAACUCAGUAAACUGUACCUGGACAAGAACCCAUGGAAUUGUGACUGUAACCUGUUGCCAUUCUAUGAAUGGAUGAAGAACAAUAAGCACAAGAUUAAAUCAAAAACUCCAGAAGUUUGCGAGUUUCCAAAAAAUCUGCUUAAACAAUCAAUCAUCUCUUUAACAGAAGAACAAUUAAUAUGCCUCACAACUUCACCACCUACCACCCCUCUCCUUACAAGUACCGUUCCCAUGACCACACUGCACACCACAACUGCCUCAACAACGAGGUUAACCUCAACGACAGCAGCGCCUACAACAACUACUGCUUUACAGACCACAACCACACCUACUCCAACAAUACCAACAACAGCUCAACCAACUACAACACAGACAACCACCACAGCACCAACUACUCAACUCACAACUUUGCUACUAACCACAACCACACUACCCACCACCACUGCUACAACUACAGCUCCGUCAACUACAUCAAUCCGAACCACAGUAUCAACAACUACACUAGAGCCAACAACUGCCCACCUGACAACUGCAUUGAUUCCCACCACAUCAACAACGACAGUACAAACAACAACUUCAGCGACCACCACUUCUACAACCACGGUGCCAUCAACAACUGCCCAUGUGACGACUACAGUGACUCCCACCACAUCAACAUCGACAAUCCAAACUACAAUUGCAACAACUAUAGCCACUACAACUAUAUUAAUCCCCACCACUAUUACAAGUCAAAAAACGACAGCAACUACCUUACCACCCAGCACUACUACAAGGAAAACAACACCUUUUCUCACCACACAUAGUAGUUUCAUCUGUACCGACUCUCUUCAGGCCCCUCUCUCAACACCUACUACCACCAACAAGUACUCAUCAUGUAAGGAACUGAUGAUAUAUUAUACUACAAUGCUGCUGGUGGAAAUCUGCUGUACUAUGGUGCUGGCCAAAUUCACUUAUUCACUAUACUGCUCUCUGGAACAAAGGGAGAGACUGCACACCCAAGUCAAUUUGACUCACUUUUCCUAUACUAAGUCCAUUAUACUCAGACCAGUUGAUGAGACAGAGACUGUAGCUCUUUGAUCUUUUUUUUUUUUUGUCUUCUAAGUUUUGGUUCCCUGGACUUUCAGUGGAAGGAAAGAAACCUCUUCUUAUGAUUAUUAAAUAUUAUGUUAAUGUGUGUUUUGAAAAUUAACCGAAGUCUUACACGGGUGAAUAAAUGAUGACAGAGUUUUCAUUUUUGGGUGAACUGUCCCUUUAAGUGUGUCCAAACUUUAAACUGGCAUUGUACAUAUUUUACAACAGAACACAGACAUACUUUUCAAGCUGUUUCAUGUUUGUAUUUUUUAUCUAAUAAGUCAAAAUCAUUGUAAAUCCAUCUAGCAGUUAAUACCUGUAUGUGAUGUAAUGUGUUUACUGUUCUUUGGAAAGCGUAAUCUAAAAGGCUUUCUUUUGAGUUAGGUCACAGCUCUUGUACAGGUUUGGGCAUCUGUUGGCUACUAUUAAGCAAUUAUUUGCAAUUCAUUUAUCAAAUGUCAGCAGUCUUGAUUAAUUAUCCUUAGAAGAAAAACUUUGUAGGUGUAAGACUUUGGUCACAUUGUAUUAGAGAGCAAAAGAAUGCUUUGUGACCAGAUGCUUUUAGGGUGGGUCAUAAAAACAAGAGGCUAAAUCAGAAGAGGUGCAGAAAGUUAUUGGUCAUAGGCCUAAUUUGCAUAGAAUUUAAAUAUUUGUCUAGCUGCAUAUUUAUUAAUUGUAUACUUUUUUCAGCAUUUAAUAUUUAUUAUGCUUUUAAUUGCACUUAUUUAAGCAUGUAAAUGGAUCUGAAAACAGGAUUAUUCCAUCAAAAAAUUCACAAAUUAGCAUGGGAAUAUUUUCUUGGUCGAUUUUUCAGGCACUCAGUCCGGUUUUAGUCUAGAUGCAAAAGGUUGUUCUUCAAAACAGAUAUGAAUGUCUUUCCCAAUGUCACGCACUAGGUGUCAGUGUAGCCGCAUUUAUUUUGUUUUGUUCAAUAAUUUGCGGCACCUGCUGCCCAAACAGUGAUUCAUAAAAUCACAUUCUAUCCUGUUUUUGUAUCGAAAUUAAUGGGAAAAAACACAACCUGCACAGUGUCCUUAGUUUAAAUAAAUAAAUAAAAGCUAUUGUGUGAGCAUUUAA